AUGCCUUAUGACUUAUAUCAGUUGCUUACUGGGACUGAUGAAGAAAGUGUUGAGUUUCGUAAAAAUAUUCGAACCUACAACAACAAUUUAGCUUUUACUUCGUUUGGAGCAAAAUAUGACCAUGAGCUUACCAAGAAUAUUGAUGGUGUCUAUGCAUUUCGUGUUCAAGGCCAAGUGUACCAUUUUCUAGACAGCUUAGCCUCCUCCACUGACAAAUUCUCUGGGAUUCAACUUUACUUCUUUGAUACAGAAGAAGAGCUGUCAAAGAGGCUUAAUAGCUCAGAAAGGUUUCGUGAGAGCACUCUUAAACUAUUGAUGCGGAUCCUUUCCAACAAUCCUUACAGUAGAUUUUUUAAGGACUUACGAGAUGUUCCUGAUCUUAACAAUCACAAUAUUGUCCUUAAUUCUAACCCGGGUUUGGACCAGCGUAUUUAUAAUCUUCCUACAUCUUCUGAAGUAGCAGCUAUUUGGACUAAAAAUAAUGAUCCAAUGCUUGACCCUAGUGCUCAUAUUCAAGUUUAUAGCCAUUCCAACAGUAGCCAUCGUAUCAAGCAUUAUUACGGCUGCUACGAUCCCUUACAAUAUUCUCUUUUAUUUCCUCGAGGUGAAACUGGCUGGCAUCGUGGUAUUAAAAGAAAUUGCCCAACUAAACAAAGUUAUGAUGUUUCUUCUCAUGAUGAUAAUUCCCUUGAUCCUGCCUCAGCAAAAAACAUUCCUCAUUUGCUAAAUUCGGAGAAAAAAGUUGCUGCUGAUGGGGAAAAAAGCACAAAAAAUGUGACUGCAAGAGAAUACUACUGUUAUAAAUUUCAGAUGCGAGAUAAUGACAGAUCCAUGCUGCUUCAUACUGGCAGACUGUUGCAGCAAUUUGCGGUAGACAUUUACAUUAAAAUAGAAACAUGUAGGCUAGAUUAUUGUAGGACGCGACAAAACGAAGUUAGAACAGAAAUAUUACAAGGAGUGAUUGAUAGUCUUUCAAUAGGUGAAACAAGUGGAAAUAGAGUUGGCCGAAAAAUAAUUCUUCCUCCUUCUUUUAUAGGUGGCCCUAGAGAUAUGCGUCGUAGAUAUAUUGAUGCAAUGGCUUUAGUGCAAAAAUAUGGUAAACCUGACUAUUUCCUUACUAUGCCCUGUAACACAAUGUGGCCUGAAAUACAACAGAAUUUAAAAUAUGAAGAUAAACCACAGAACAGACCAGAUCUUUUGUCUAGAGUUUUUAGGUCAAAAUUAGAAAUGCUUAAGAAUGAAUUAGUUAAUAAGCACAUUUUUGGUGAAGUGGCUGCUUGUGUAUAUGUUAUUGAAUUCCAAAAAAGAGGCCUUCCACAUGCUCAUAUACUACUCAUCAUGAAACCAAAUUAUAAACCAUUAAACCCAGAAGCAUAUGACAAAAUCGUGUCUGCCGAAAUACCAGAUCCAUCAGAAAAUUUUCAUUUAUAUUCUUUAGUUAUUAAACAUAUGCUCCAUGAGGAUGGAUAUCCACAUUAUCGUAGGCGUGAUAAUGGUAGGUCUGUGAUAGUCAGAUUGCAUGAACUAGAUAAUAGAUGGGUUGUCCCCUAUAAUCCUUAUUUGCUUGCUUUAUUUGACUGCCAUUUAAAUGUAGAAGUUUGCUCAACUCUUAAGCUUGUUAAGUACCUAUAUAAGUAUGUGUUUAAGGGACACGAUCUGGUAAGUUUUCAGAUUACACCUAACAACAAUAGUUCUGAUGUUGAUGAGAUAAAACAAUUCCGGGAAGGCCGGUGGGUAUCUCCUCCAGAAGCUCUUUGGCGGAUUUAUAGAUUUCCUACUAAUGGUAUGAAUCCAUCUGUUUAUUCCCUUCCAGUUCAUCUACCUGGACAUCAACUUAUUUCAUUCCACAGGCAUACAGACCUUCAAUCCCUUAUCAAUAAUGCUGAUCUUUCAAGGACAAUGUUAACCGAGUUCUUCCAAAUGAACAGAACAUAUACAAAAGCCAAGAGUCUAAAAUGCUUUUAUCGUGAUUUCCCACAGUACUUUGUUUGGAGUUCUAAACAUAGAAUGUGGACUGAAAGAAAGCGUGCUUCAGUCAUUGGGAGACUUGCUACAGUUAGCCCAAAUGAGGGUGAACGCUAUUAUCUUAGACUCCUUCUCUCGCAUAUUGCAGGGCCAACCUCAUUUGAGGACUUGGUUACUGUUAAAGGCAUCCAACUUGCUUCUUAUAGAGAAGCUGCUCUACAAUUGGGUCUCUUAAGCUUUGAUAGUUAUAUAGAAGAUACCCUUGAAGAAGCUGCACUUUACCAAAUGCCUUAUGCUCUCAGAUUUUUAUUUGCUGUUUUACUUGCAUUUUGCUCGCCUAACAAUCCUAAGCUUCUUUGGGAAAAAUUUGAACCAGAUUUUUCACGAGAUUUUGAACGGUCUCGAACAUAUACUGGUUGCACAUCGGAACAGAUUAAAUCUCAGGUUCUCUAUGACAUUAAUAGAUUCCUAGAGCAAAUGGGGAAGUCGCUUAAUGAGUAUAAAUUAAUACCAGCCUUUUCAAGUAUUACUCACCAGGAGAAGAUUACAAAAGAAAUUUUAGCUGAGCAAAAUGUUUCCUUCCCAAAUACAGACUUGCUUCUUGCUUCUAAAUUAAAUACUGGACAGAAAAAAGCCUAUGACAUUAUACUCAAUAGUGCUUUUUCAAAUGCUAGACAAGCUUUCUUUGUUGAUGGUCCGGGUGGAACCGGUAAAACCUUUUUGUACCGAUCACUUCUCGCUACACUAAGAUCACAGGGCUAUAUAGCUCUUGCUGUAGCUACAUCAGGAGUAGCUGCAUCAAUACUUCCAGGAGGUAGAACUGCACAUUCAAGGUUCAAAAUACCUCUGGAUUUAUCUGCUGUAAAAACCUGUCAGCUUAGCAAACAUAGUACAACCAAGUUGAUUCAACAAGCUAAGCUCAUUCUUUGGGACGAAGCUUCUAUGGCUAAGCGUGAUACAAUAGAAGCAUUUGAUUCCUUGUUAAAAGACAUCAUGGAAAAUGAAAAGCCCUUUGGUGGUAAGGUUGUUGUUUUUGGUGGGGAUUUUCGACAAACGCUGCCUGUUAUUGACAAUGCACCAAAAGAGGUGCAGAUUCAGGCAAGCUUAGUAAACUCACCUCUUUGGAGCUCUUUUCAUAAACUAAAACUCACAGAAAAUAUGAGAGCAUUAUAUGAUCCAGCUUUCUCUAAUUUUUUAUUAAGAAUUGGAGAAGGUACUGAACCAAUGGAUGAAGCUGGAAAAAUCACCCUACCAAAUGAUAUGGUUAUUCCAUUUGCUACUAGAGAAACCUCACUACAAGAAGAUCCUUAUAAGUUGACAAACAAAUGUAUUUUAUCACCUACUAACAGCUCUGUAGAUGACGUCAAUAAUAUUAUGAUAAACCAGUUUCCAGGUGAAGCACAUAUUUAUACAAGUACAGAUAGGACACUUGAUGAACGCUAUCAAGGAGACUAUGAGGAUUUCCUUAAUUCCCAAAAUCCAAAGGGCCUUCCACCCCACAAAUUGAUUCUUAAAAAGAACUGUCCUCUGAUACUUUUAAGAAAUCUCAAUCCAGCCGAAGGCCUUUGCAAUGGAACUCGUUUAAUUUGUAGAGAAUUGAAACCAAACACUAUCUCUGCUGAAAUUGCUGCUGGUCCCCAUAAGAGGAAACAAGUUUUGCUGCCCAGAAUUCCUCUGCAAACUCCUGACAAUGACAAGAAUGGCAUUCCUUUCAAGAGGAUUCAAUUUCCUGUUAGGCUUUGCUUUGCAAUGACUAUUAACAAGGCUCAAGGACAAACGCUUGAUUAUGUAGGAAUAUAUCUUAGAGAACCAGUUUUUUCUCAUGGCCAGUUAUACGUAGCCCUUUCCAGAGCUAAGACUUCUGACUCAAUUAAAGUGUUGAUUGUGCCAGGAACUUUUAGUGAUACCAAAAAAGACUGCAAAACUAGGAAUGUAGUCUAUCAAAAAAUUCUGAGCCUGUCCAAAGCAUAA